CCGUCCUAGCUGAGAGCGCCUGGCAGGCGCAAGGGCUCCAGUGUCGGUGACCUCCAUCCGAGAAGGCAGGGAGGGAGAAGGGAAGUCUGAGCGUUGAGCGCGCAGAAUGCACGUUCAAAGCCCGACGCCCAGCUGGACGGUAGAGAGGGUGAGAGAGCGGCACUGAGCGGCCCCAGUUACCUCGGAAAGUCGGGACUGGGAAGAGGAACCAAGACCCUACUAGAGUUGGUUUCCUCCCUGGACCGCGUGGCCUGGGCUCGCGGAUAACCGGAGCCAGGAGGGGCGGCGUGGGGCUGGGCCAGAGCCGAGUCCUCGGGUCUGGGAGCGCGACCUGCAUGACCUCCCUGCCACUGGGGCCGGGUGCUUCCAGCCGGGUGCUCUGGCAAGCGCUGGCCAGAGUGGCCGGGGAACAGACAGAUGAUGAAUUUCCUCCGGGAGAGUUUGCUGUGCACUGCCCUGGGCGCUCGCCCUGGGUUUUAGGAGGUUCGCGCCUGGAGACAGACGAGGACAGGAUGUCUUACUGGAUCACCGGCUAUGGGCAGCCGGCGGCCCGCGGCCAGGAGCAGAGGUCGCGGCGAAGUGGGCAAGGGAGGCACUGCCUGCGUACUCCUCGCGCUCCGCAUUUGGCAUUUCUGCGCCUAGGUCCUUUUCCUGUCUCCAGUCUGCGCGUUAUGCGGGUUCCUUUUCUGGGCUUAUUCUCCCAAGUAGCCCUGAGGCUCGGCUGAUCUGGGAUUGGCCAAACCGAGACCUGUUUUCUGACCUUUAGAGCAGUGGCAGAGACACAUUUCCGCGAGGAGCCGCGCCACAGGCGCGAGUGUGCCCUGCACGCCCCGCAAGAGACAGCCGGGUUGAAACCUCUCUCGCUCCCUUUUCGCGCCAAGCGUUUGGAAAGACGAAAGUAAACCUGGUCGCCCACAGCUCGAGCCUUUCCGUGACUUCUUAACCUUUGGAAAGUGAGGCUCCCAGUUCGGGAGCCUGGACUCCUCCUAGUCGACAGACUAUCCGCGCGGCCCAGUGAUCGGCCCGGUUCCGUGCGCCUCCCAGCAGUCCGUUUAGCGGACCUUGACCAGCACUGCAAACGCGACGGGCUCAAGAGAGACUCUGCCCAGGCAGCCGAAGAUGUAAAUUAAAUUCCACCAGUGGCGACCCUGUGCGCCCGGCGGGCGAGCCGGCGCAGGCGGCGGGUUGCACCCUGGAUGUUGGAGCCGCCGGCGGCCUAAAACCCAGCGCGGGCUUCUCUCCAUGUCACCAGGGGUUGUUUUUUUCCCAAGAUGGGACUUUUUUUUCCCCUUUUUCUUUUGGACAACAGGACGAAUUGGUCUAAGAGACGGAAAGGUGGAAAUGAAGAAGAAAGGGUAAAAUCAUGAAGAAGAAAAGGAUUCACGGGGAAAGCUGGGGCAGGAUAAAACUGUUGGAGGCAGAAAGUUAAAGGAAGGACCUCGGAAGCUAGGCGUGCCCCCCUCUUGACCUGCCCAAACCAGAGCGGGCUAAGGCAAGAAUGUAGUCUGAAUGCUGCGGGGAUUAGGGCAAUGGGAGCCCCCAGGACGCCUUGGAGACCGCCUACCUGACUGCAAAUACCAGGAGAUCCCCCAGUGCGCCGGCUGCAACCAGCAUAUCCUGGACAAGUUCAUCCUGAAGGUCCUGGACAGACACUGGCACAGCUCCUGCCUCAAGUGUGCGGACUGCCAGAUGCAGCUGGCCGACCGGUGCUUCUCCAGAGCGGGCAGCGUCUACUGCAAGGAGGACUUCUUCAAGCGCUUCGGCACGAAAUGCACGGCCUGCCAGCAGGGCAUCCCCCCGACCCAGGUGGUCCGCAAGGCCCAGGACUUUGUCUACCACCUGCACUGCUUCGCCUGUAUCAUCUGCAGCCGGCAGCUGGCCACGGGGGACGAGUUCUACCUCAUGGAGGAUGGGCGGCUGGUGUGCAAGGAGGACUACGAGACGGCCAAGCAGAACGAUGACUCGGAGGCUGGAGCUAAGCGGCCGCGGACCACCAUCACAGCCAAGCAGCUGGAGACGCUAAAGAAUGCCUACAAGAACUCCCCGAAACCCGCGCGCCACGUGAGGGAGCAGCUGUCCUCGGAGACAGGCCUGGACAUGAGGGUGGUUCAGGUUUGGUUUCAGAACAGGAGGGCCAAGGAGAAACGCUUGAAGAAGGACGCAGGGCGGCAUCGCUGGGGACAGUUCUAUAAGAGCGUCAAGAGGAGCCGGGGAGGCAGCAAGCAGGAGAAGGAGAGCUCGGCAGAGGACUGUGGGGUUAGUGACAGUGAGCUGAGCUUCCGAGAAGAUCAAAUUCUCUCAGAACUUGGCCACACCAAUAGGAUUUAUGGCAACGUGGGGGACGUUACAGGUGGACAGUUAAUGAAUGGGAACUUCUCCAUGGACGGGACAGGACAAUCCUAUCAGGACUUGAGGGAUGGGAGUCCCUAUGGAAUCCCCCAGUCUCCAUCCUCCAUCUCGUCCCUGCCAUCCCACGCUCCUUUGCUCAAUGGGCUGGAUUACACGGUGGACAGUAAUUUGGGCAUCAUUGCGCAUGCAGGGCAGGGCGUGAGCCAGACGCUGAGAGCCAUGGCUGGGGGACCCACCUCUGACAUCUCCACAGGAAGCAGUGUAGGCUACCCCGACUUUCCAACUAGCCCAGCCUCUUGGCUUGAUGAAAUGGAUCAUCCUGCUUUUUAAACUUCUCUCCUCCCCACCCUACCUGUCCUCCUGGUUUGAGAGAAUAUCUUCAAGGAUCAAAGGAGACUUGCCUCUUAAGGAUCAAAAGUGCGCCAAUGUGAAUUUCCAUUAUUUUCAAUGGAAGUGCUCUGCUGGGUCCUAGCAGGCUGAGCGGCCUCCCUAGGGCAUGGCUUUCUUGGAGGAGGCAGGAGAGCAGCCUCAGCUGAGACGGCACAGGGGGACAGCCUGGAGCUCUAGGUGCUGGCUUGCUGGCGCUCUCCCUGCCUGCCCUGCUUGGUGGCUUUGGCUGCUCAGUGCUUUGGUAGCACAAGGCGACUGUGACAGGCCACCUGGGCCUCUGGGAACUGUGCUCCAACCGGUGUGUCUCACACAAUGCCUCCCCGACCCCGGCUCUCACCAGAGCCGAGAUUCCUGAGGUAGAGCAUCAAGGCCCUUGAGUAUAAUGAGAUGGUUUCUGGACCUCGCUGAUCGAACCCUGAUUUUCAAAAUAAAAUAGCCAGUUACUAAAGGUCAGUGAAAACGUUGAUGGCCACAAUUUGAUAUUAAAAACACACCCCUCUCCUUUCCUUUUUGUUGCUGUGAAAUUUUGACUUCUUUCCUUUGUGAAAGUACAAACCAGAGAGUAAUCACUGGUUUUAGUUUUUAAGAAAUCCCAUCUAGACCACUGAAUCCCUCACGGCAAGAAGUGGUUUUCAUUGCAGGUGACUCUGAGGCUGGAGCUGAGUGGCCUGGACCUUCACAAGCUGCCCGAUGAGUCCCCUUGGCACAGUGUGCCUUUUUUGAUUUGCUCGUAUCAGUUACUACCCAAGACAGGCUGCGGGCUACACAGUGAUCAAAGCUAAACCAUGGAGAGAGCAGAGUGACAAUCAGUGACAGCACCUGGAGAUGCAUUUGGGUUCCAACUGUGCAGUCUGCUAAGCCACAUGGGCAGAUGCCGGUCUCCUUGUGGGGUGAAAUGAAAUCUGAAGUCUGCCUUGGGGGCGUUGGUUUAGGUGAGCUUGCAAGUCUGCCCUCCUCCCCCUAAAACACGAAAGCCUUCUCUGCUGUGCUUGCUGACUCCACUGAAGACAGCAAUGCUUUUUUGGCUUACCUUGGUUGGGAGGAAUACUCUAGGGUCUAAAAGGUUUCAAGUGGUCCUUGGGCUGCAUCUCUCUGGGUUGCCUGCUGGACUGGUGCCAUGCCCUGGGCUCCUGUCCUGUGCUCAGAAAGGCAGAGCUCCCCAGCUAGUGGCAGUGCAGGGACUUCCUGCUUGCAGGUUUGCAGAACAUGUCACUAAGACUGCAGCAAGGUCAAAGCUGCAACUGCCAUCCUGUGCACCCCACUUCUGGCCAUCAGGAUGCUCUCCAUGUGUAAGCUGGGAAUUUAGCCAGCUGCAAUGUAUCUCCACUCCCUUGGGAAACUGUGGUUUGCUUCUUCUGGCCUCCCAUUCUCUUAAAUGAGAUUGGCAGGGUAGGAAGAAUGAGAAGGCCUUGCCUUUCUUUCACAUGAAGUGAUGGGGCCAAAGACCUGAAGUCCCUUCCUUCUGUGACUGGUUGAUCACCCUGUGAAGACUGCAGAGAUUUAGGCAUGCUGCAGGCAGACCAAGGGAAGUGUCUUUUUAAAGCUCUGUUCCAGGGCUAAAGUAAGUUCCAUUAAGUAUCUUUAAGAGACACAGUCAAUGAAUUCCUGGAGCAGCCUUCAGGCCACCUAUCCUCUGAUCAGUUUUGUAGCAUACCCUUUUUUUUUUUUGGUGGAUUGCAAAUGCCCUUAUUUUUGCCUGGGGAGUCUGCAAAUAUGGACUCUUUUCUUGAGGCUCCAUGUUUGUGGAUAGUGGUAUGUUAAGCCCAUCCAAUUCUAUGCUACUGGAAGUCCCCAACAAGGCGGGGUGGGAAUGAACACAAAUGCAAGAUAACAAGCAUGUGAAGGGAGGGAGAUCACAACCGUCUGUUUGGAGGCCAACUUCCCGAAUACAUGCUUCUCAGCAGGCCUCUCGAAAUACACAGGGGAGAGGCUGUGUGGCAAGCCAAGUGGAAAGCUGCCCGGCCAGGUCCCUACUGGGCUUAAUAUCUCAUGGGUUCAGAGGUGAGUAUAGUGUGGGACAGCAGGAUCUUUAAAGGAGGUCCUGCCCUCUGUAUAGCACUAUAAAAGAUCAAUUUAGGUUGAGCUGUUUUAUUUUUAUAAAGGAGUUAAUCAUACUCCCAGUUCAAUGGUAGAAGUAUAGGAGGCUGUCCUCCCACCGAGAGGUCUCUUGAGGGAAUCUGGGUAGUGCAGUGAUGUUGGUGGUAGCUCAGAGGUGCUGGAAAAGAGGUCCUGAGAGAGCACUGACCACAAGUCCAAGAGAGCUGUACUUAAGGUGCAUUCCCAGAGCCAUUUCCCUGGAGAGCAGCAAACAUGGGUGCCCAUUUAGAAGCACAGUCACAACCGGUCUCAGACUUUAAGUGGCUCUCCAUGCAAAUUGUGCUGCAUGACGAUGGGCCAGUGUCACUGGUGAGCAUUGUGUUCUGAGACUUAGCUGCCCCCAGAGGCACUCCUCUAUUAGACUCCUCACCUGUCUACUACUGGAGUACCUGGUGCCACCUGGCAACUGCUCUCCCCUUCCUACAUGACACAGAUGAACUUAAGAAAUGACACAAGACCUUCUAGAGGCAUUUGCAAUAUUUGGGCCUGUCUUUGAGAGCAGUUAACAAAGAUGAUCUGCUGUGCCCCACAACAGACUUUAGAGCAGGAAGCUUCUGAACACCGGAGUAAAUUGAUAACUGACCGCCCCCAAGUUCCCAGUGGUAAUUGGAUAAGCAAAAUGUGAACUAAGUGGAUCCAGAGAAAUCUGUAUUUGCUGAAAAGUGAUUAAAUCAGGGAGGCAGUACCAAAUCUAAGGGCUCACCGUGGGUAAAUCCUGUUGUUGGGAAGUGGGGUUCUUGGCUCUUCAAGGACUUGCUGUGUAACCCCAAGCAACUCUUUCUGGUCUAUAUGCUUGCUCUUUCUUGCUUCCCCUGAUAGUUAUGAGCAUAAUGUAAGAUGAACAUCAACUAUCAUACUGAUAAUAUUGUUCCUGCAAAUUAAUAUAGUGAAAAACAGGGAAAAAGAUCAAAAUUAAGACCUAAGAGAAGCAUUUGGCAGUGUCCUUGAAGGCUUUUUGUGCCACUGUAAAACAUAAAAUCUAAUAAGAUAAUUGGGGGCCAUUAGAUCUUCAUCAUUAAGUUCACUUUGCAAGAAAUAUAAGGAAUCUGUAGAAAAAAAAAUCCCCAUCUGGAGCUCAAAGCUGCUCAUCUGAACCCACUGCCUCCUUGUAGGAGGUGGCUCGAGGCUUCUGAUGAGCCAAGGCUGUGUGCUGUGUGACAGUCCAUUACCUGCCCCCUGACCACCACACAGCCUUCCCAGCACGCCCCACUGACACCCAGGUUACAGCCAUGGAACGAUGGCCACACCUCUUCAGCCAGCAGGGCCCAGAUAGCCUGAGGAGGCUCAUUUUUAAACAUUGCACUUUAAAAAUUGGAAACCAUGAGAUGAAGAGAAAUUCAAUUAAGCGGAAAUGAGUUUUGUUUUAUUGCCUGCUGCUGAAGGGCUCUGGGCAUGCUGAAAGCUAAAUAAAAGCACAUCACUGGCUCUCUCUUUUCUUGGAUUGGUCAGUUGGCCCUUUUGGCAGUAGUUGCUCCAACUGCUCUAACACGGUGACUGGAGCCAAAAAGAGAGAGCUCAGCCAAGUCAUCCCAUCCACACUCUGCUUGGUAGGACCACACUAAAAGCACAGUUUCAUGCUGCUAGCUCUGGUGAGGAGACAGCUGCAGGUUUGGAGGUGCACCAAGCAUUCCUUUGCUUAGGGAGGCAGAGCACAGGUGGACGGAGCAAGGACACUCCCACUUUCACCUGUUGCUCACCUAGAGACAAGGAUCACAUUGUACUUUCCCACUUGAGGACUGUGUUCAGCCUAAGGAGCAGGUUCAGGGCCACAGAACCCCAGAAGCCGCUCCGAGUGCACAUUCAGCCCUCAAAGCCCCAGGUCCCUGAGCUCUGGAUUGUUGCCCUCAUCCUUCGCAGUGUAAAUUUUGUACAGUUAAAAAGAAAUGAAGUCUCGUUUCCCGGAAAAAAUAAAAAAGAAAAAGAAAAAAAAAAAAAAGGACCCACCCAUCCUUAUUUAUUGCCAUGUGACUUUGGAGAGCAGAAGCUGGUGCGUUUGUCUGUAUAUUGCCUCCUGUGUGUUGGCAUGAGAUGUGUACGGUAAAACUGUGUAAAAUAAACAUGGAAAUUCUUUAGAA